AGGGGUUGGGUAAGAAGGGGGUUGGCUAAGAAGGAGCGCUAAGAAGGGUUUAGCCAAGAAGGAGAGCUAAGAUGCAAGAACACACAUGUAAGAAUGGAAGAAACCCGCAGCAAAAGAAAGAAGCGGGCACCGUCGUUUACCGCGGAGGAGGUGACCGUCUUAGUGGACGAGGUGUUGCAGUACCGUGAUGUUUUAUUCGGUGGAACAAGGGAGCAAAAAAACAUCGAGGUGAAAAACCGUGUUUGGCAGGCGAUAGCCGAGAGUAUGUCCCCCUACAGCCCAUGUGGCCUGCGUGACUGGGUUGCUGUGAGGAAGAAGUGGCAAGAGUUCCAGAGCCUAACAAAAAAGAAGAGUGAGAAGCUGAUGAGGGAUUCCAUGGGCACGGAUGGUGGAGCAUCGGGUGGGACGACCCUCACUCCCGAUGAGGAGAAAGUCCUUUCCAUCAUGGGGAAGACGGCCUCUGAAGGCAUUAAUGUUGUUGUUGUUGAGGGGGACGACGGCCUCUUAGAAAGUGAGAAUGACGAGGAGCAAUCCGGAAGCGGAGCAGGGACAUCCACGCCCCCAGGAGAUGACGACCCCCCACAUCCGUGCCCUGUCCCCGUGCGCCAAGCAGCAGUUGCAGGGCCCGGUGUCCGCAUAUGGGGAGGCUUAACCGGGCGGCCCGCUAUAACUACCUGCGCCUGCAGCGAGACGCUGGUGCGCCUGGAGAGGGAGAAGCUGGUGGUGCUGCGGGGGAUAGAGGAUCAACUCCAAAGACAAAAUGCCCUGCAGGAAGAGAUGGUCCGGAUAAAGCAGGAGAGGUUGGAGCUGCACCGGAGACAGCUGAUGCUUGCCGAGGCGCAGUCCCUCCAUCUCGAUUCCAAUCAUUCCUCCCCAGGAUUCAGGUGAUGCAGACGCCCAUAAAGCCGGAGCCGCUUCAAUAAACUACUUUGGUUUCCUUU